AUGACAGUAGUUGAAUUAAGCCUUAGUAGAUUUUUUAAAAGAAAAUAUAGUAGCUUAUAUCGUGCUAUUGGUGGUUAUUUUACAUCUCGCAAGAAUAAAAAAAAUAGAGAAGAAAAAAGAGCAGAAGCAAAGGAAAAAAUAAAAAGUUUUUUGUUCGAGUCAGCAAUAGAGGAUACAGGGAAUAUACAUACAUUUGCAAUAGAUAUUACUGGCAAUAUAAAAAAGCACUCAGCUAAAUCAGAAGAUAGAAGUUAUAUUCAUUCAGGUUCUAUUGGAGGAAUGAGUAUAGGGCAUAAUUACAGUGUUAUAGCACUAAAAGAAGAUUAUGGUUGGAUGCUUCCAGUGACAAUAGAUAGAGUGCCACAUAGUGAGAAUAAAUAUGAUUUUAGUGUGAUUCAAGCUGAAUCUGUAUUAGAUAAAGUGCCUCAAGGCGAUAUAUCUAUAAUAGUUGGAGAUUCUGCAUAUUCAUGUAAUAAAUUCAUAUAUAAGCUUAGUAAGAGAGCUAAUGUAGCAGUCAUCACAAGAAUGAGGGUAAAUAAGGCAAUAUAUGAAAAAUAUGAAGAUAAAAAAGAAGUUCUGGGAGAAAAGAAAAAUAUGGCAAUAAAUAUUUGCUUAACAAACCUGAUUUACUACCUGAUCCAGACUACACAGAAAGAAUUUGAGNAGGGCGAUUCAAAAGAUUAA